GGAGUGGGUCGCAUUGGACCAUUUUGCUGGAGGAGAGACAGGGAAAAGGCUGGCAGAGAUGCUCUUGGUCUGAGGCUGCGCCAGUGGCUCCCCUCCUCCGCUCCGAGUCAGGAUGGAGAAGGAUCCCACCACUCACAGGAGGCACCGACCUGGGCCUGGAGCCCAGUCCUCAGGAAUAACCCAUGGAUACUCCAAGGCAGCCUGUGAGGGGGCUGAACUCCAGAGGAGCAGGAGCGUGGGUGGCUUGCACCAGAAGGGAGAUCCACCGGUCUGCAUCCGCAAGCUACUACACAAGGAGCUAGACUCUGAGGACCAAGGUAAAGACCCAAGAAGUGACACUGACGAUACCACCUGGCAGGCAAGCCUAGAGGAAGACAGACAGAAAAAGAACCAAGAUGAGGCGGGCAAGCUGGACCACAAGUAUGGGGAAAGAGACACAGACAAGAGUGACUCAGAGGCCAGUGCCACGGGGGAACAGGACGAUGCCUGCAAAGGAAGAUGCACCUCAGUGGCCGAGGAGCAGGGGCCAGAGUCCAUGAAGCUGGACCACCUUCUAGAAAAACAGAAACCAUGUGUGUUUGUGGAGAUCGACCUGGGAGACCAUACUGAGGAAGAGAUAGUCACCUGUGCCGUGAGAGAAGAGAAGAGCCCCGUCAAGGACACAGGGGACUUGUCAGAAGAUGAGACAAGGACCAGCUGGGUGUGCUGUAUCCCCUACUCCACAAAGAAGAAGACAACAAAGGAAAACACCAGUGCUUUGGAAAAUAAUCGCCAGUCAUCUCAGGACAGGACCCCUCUGACUCAGCCACCGGUAGAGCUCUCUGGAGACUAA